UUUACUCUUGGUUGGAAACAGUUGCUGUUGUGUUACAGCUGGGAGGAACAUACUGUCUUGCUAUUAUCCACCAACAAUUAGGGUGCCCCGCCGGCUGCUCUGGACUCAAUGAGGACUGGAAGUGAAGGAAACUGAGACUGGGGCUCCUCAUCCGACCCCUAAGCAAGCUUGUAAAUGACUCCGUUACAUUCACUAUGGAGCCGGCUGGAUGUGCCCCGGAAGACACCACCAUCAGGUGGAAAAGUCAAGAAAAAUAUCAGGAAAUUGGAUUUUGCAGAAAGAAGAUUUUCAAUGGGAUCAGCCCUCAGUUUCACAACCGCGUCGACUGCAAUGGUGAAACCCAGGUUACUAUCAGGAACCUGUCACAGACAGAUAGCGGCCUGUACAUUCUCUUCUAUACGUUACAAUGCAAAGUGAAAAAAGAUGUGAAAUACCAUGAACUUACUGUAUAUGAGCCUGUUUCUGCCCCGCAUAUAGAGAAGAACGUGGUGAGGAAUUCAGCUUGUUGGUGCAAUUUCACCCUUCGUUGUUGUGUCCCAGGGAAAGCCUCAGUGGAACGGUACCUUUGGCAAAAAGGGAGGAAUGAAACUGGGUACCAGCUCUAUAGACAUGGACCCUUCAUCCAGGUGUCACUGCAGAGCCAAUCAUUUGGGUCAUUGGAUGAGGAGUAUAUCUGCACUGUGUAUAACCCAGACGAUCAAAAAAACACCUCCAUUAACAUAAAGGACAUCUGUACUCUAAUGGCAGACAGUUCCAUUCACUGCAACCUGAAGAGACCUGAAUCUGCAAAACUCCAAGGAACCAUAUGCAUUAUUUUCAGCUAUGUGGUGUUGGCACUCACACUGAUUUUAGUCCUGAAGUGCCUAUAAGGGUGGUGUCUGGCGUACAAAUGCAACAUAUAGAUGGAACUUUAAAAACACCAUGAAAUGUUUGCAAAUACUUAAUAUAUGGUUUUAUAAGCAGCUUACAGUAUAUGAAGCAUGAACAAUACACAGUAUAGAGGAGACCACCUCUUGGCAGGGAGUGUGGCACAUACUGUAGGUUCAAUGAUCUACAGAACAAAGAGAAAACUGAGUGUUGUGUUCCGCCUUUAGCUUUUGUGGAUUACUGUAUAUCCAGGCGAAGGAAGCAGGGGAAGGAACGCCAGAUGGACUGAGAAAGGAAGAAGUUGGUUUUAAGGAAGGAGAGAAGUAUAGAACCAACACAACAAGCAGAGGAGAAAAGAAGAGAGCAGCAGAAAUUGAGAAAAAAGCAAACAGUAAAACACAUCAAAAGUGGAAAAAUCAGGAAGCUCCUGACUUUUUAUAUGGAUUUAAAGCCAAAUAUACACUAUAAAUUGAACCUUUUUACAUCUAUCAUAA